AUGGCCGAACCACGUGAAAGGACCUUCCUCAUGAUUAAACCUGAUGGCGUCCAAAGGGGCCUUGUUGGGCAAAUUAUUGAUCGUUUUGAAAAGAAAGGCUUCAAAUUGGUAGCAUUGAAGUUCGUCUGGCCAUCGGAGGAGCUUUUGCAGAAACACUACUGUGACCUAUCCGCACGUCCCUUCUUCUCUGGACUUGUUAAAUACAUGAGCUCCGGACCCGUUGUUCCCAUGGUCUGGGAAGGCUUAAACGUUGUCAAGACUGGCAGACAAAUGCUUGGUGCUACAAAUCCUGCUGAUUCUCUGCCUGGCACAAUCCGUGGGGAUCUCUGCGUUGAAGUCGGUCGGAACAUUAUCCACGGAUCUGACAGUGUUGAUUCUGCUAACAAAGAAAUUGCUCUCUGGUUUACUGAAAAGGAACUUGUUGGGUGGACCCCAGCAGCCGAAAAAUGGGUUUAUGAAUAA